UGCUACGCCGUGCUUACCAAGGUAGUAUGUAACAAAGUUGUCCUUAUUUUGUUUCCAGCACCGCGCACGGGCACGACAUCAUGUCGCGGCAUUCACGGCACAUCCCGUCCUGGCUCGUCUCGUUGCCGUUUGCCUUGCGUCAUGAGCUCCUGUGGUCUCGACAGCUUGUCUAUCCAGGAGAAAACACCCAUCCCCAACCAAUUUUUGCAUGACAAACACUGGAGCUUGUGCAUGUUUUGCAUGACACAUUGGAUGGAGGUGGGUGUUUUUGUCUGGAUAUUGUCGCCGCGCAGGACGACCGAGUGGUGGUGGAGCCCAAGACAGGCUCGGCGCCGCCAGAGCAGCAGGCCGGCGGUGCUGGAUCUGCACCUGAGCCACAACCAGAAAAACUCGUGCUCGUGGAUGCAGGAGCGGAGGCGAAAAAAAGGGCGGAGCUAUCCGUUGUGGAUUUGAGUACAAAAAUCACAUUCACCGCAGCCACGUGCUCAAUUUGCAAAUGCAAUUCGCAAUCGCAACGCCCGCGGAAGAUCAAAUAAACGAAGCAAAGUAGUAAGUACGUAGUUGAGUUCAGAUUUCAUCGCAUUGCAACAUUGCAGAUUGAUGCGAGGUCGUUGCGGUGUAACCGUGAUCCCGGUUUUCCCCUGGAGAAGAAUGCGACCAAGCGGGUUUCACCAACGACGCCACUGGAGAGUGCAUCAGCCAGGGGUAUGACACAGUGUUCGACACUAUCACAGCAAAAAGUGUCAACGUUAACUGCAUUUGUGAUGCAGUAAUAUGCAUCACAAAACCUCCUGCCCAAAAUUUGCCAUGCAUAGAAUGCAUGCUAGGCAAAAUUUGCCAUGCAUAUUUGCAAUCUAUGAAAACCGUUAGCGUUUUUGUUUGAUAGACACCGCGCACGGCAGCAACCGCAACGCCGCCUCGCACUUGUGGGUCUAUCCUGUGCAAAAGUAUCGUAUUCGUAUUGCAAAUCUUGCAUUACAAAUCUUUUUGUUAACUCAAAUCCGCAUUACAAAAUUUAUUUCUCAUGCGGAGAAAAUUUGUAAUGCAUUCAUACGAAUGCGAUACUUUUGCAGUUCAUAGGGUCACCUAUCUGACAAACAAGUUUCGGGACGAGACCAUCGAGUCGGCGGAGGUGUAUCUGCGGCAAAUGACGAACUUUUGCCCGGUGUCGGGCUCCCCGCUGACCAACGGGGGGAUGCAGUUGCAGUACUCAAAUUUGAUAUAGUACCUACAAGAAACUUGCGGUGACAGUAGUUCUUGGAGGAGUUGCUACUUGUGCUUCUUCUAGAGCUUCAACUUCUCCAUCUCAUCGUAAUUUGAUGUUGUAGAAGAUGAUAGUAGGACAAGUCUUGCUCCUCAGAGUCAGAGUUUCGGAUUGAUGUUGUUGUACAUCCUUUUUAUCAUUCUUCACCCAAUGCAGGUGGACCGCGCCGGCAACCGGUUCUGCUGGUUCCUCGUCUUCCACCUACGGCAUCCAACCCGCAGCGUCGGGUGUCACCGUACCCGGCGGCUACUCGCACCACUGCUGCGUGCUAUGCAUUGCAAAUCUGUCUGGGUCUGUGCGAUAUUCAUAUUUGUUUUUGUAUUUAUUGCAGCACUCGCAACAUACGCAUACCCCUGAUGAACCCUGUGAUGCAUGUUGUGGAAUAGCGCCAACCCUCUGUCAUGCAGGGACGCGAUAUCUGAUGCGGGUUACGCACAUCAACCACAACAUAGCGGCUCAUAAUUUUUUUCCUCAUGCGUGGCGGCGUAUAAUUGAAAUCGGUUUGCGAUGCAUGUACUAGCAUCCCAACUUUCACCAGACCCUGACGUAUUUGCAAUCCAUGCGUGCCCUGCGUUUGCGAUAUGAACACGCACGUGCGCGUGGAUGAGUGGACGCCCAAGAACAAGGACAACGUAGCGCUGCUGAAGAACCACGGAACGGUAAAGGAUAAAGAGGCAGCUGGCACGGUGUACGCUCUUGUGAUUCGGGACCCCUGCGCAGCGAAUAAGAACGACUCCGCAAAAGCAAAACUGGCGAAAUUGACGGGCGGCCCCGCGCCGGCAAUCAUCUGCGAUGGGGAAAAAUUUUAUGCAAUACAAAUUUUCCGUACAUGUACAAAAUGCAUCACAAAUGUCCCCAAUUUGGAGUGUGAUGAAACUUGUCAUGCUAAACUAGCAUCGAAGCCAAGUUUUGUCAUGCAGAGACCGCAUUUGUACGUCUACGUGUACAGGAAAUUUACUGUGGAGAAAUUGAAGGCCGGCGAAGUGGAAACUAGCGACAACGGGUUUGUCGUCAUUGGUCUCUACUACACCCAAGCCGCUGGCUAUCGCAAGAAAAAAGUGUUACAGUUACACACUGUCUUGCAGGUCAAGCAAGACAGAAAAGCUCUGUCAUGCCGGAUAUGCAUAGGAGCCUCUUUUCAUAGGUGUUUUCCCGUAGGAUUUCUGCAUUCCAGGUUUUCUCUCUCAUGCAGGGACAUUUGUGUUGCUGAAUUGCCUACAGAUGUGUAACGGUAACACUUUUUUCGUGGGAUACUGGCCAGUCCGAAACUGCGGAGGCCGCGAUGCCGCAGACCGAGUGCGCCGCCCGGUCCUCCGCUGGCUGUGCGCAAUCCGGGAUGGGAGCCAUUUUUAUACAAGUAUUAAACUAACAGUACUAGUAAGUACACGUCGCCUGCCUUCCUGUUGUACCGGUUUUUGUGGAGGUGAAACUACAAGCGUGACAAACUAGAUUACGACACACGUAUCAAACACCGAAUACUCCUUACUCAUGCAAAUGAACAUGCACACCGAAUACUCCUUACUCAUGCAAAUGAUCAUGCAAAUGAACAUGCACACCGAAUACAUCAUGCAAAUGAACAUGCACAACAUGAUGGUUUCAGGCCGCCUGCUUGGGUUUCGCCCCAGAUGCGAGUGGUGCUGCAACGGCACAGAGGAGAAAAGCUACAGGCUCAGACAGCUUCUGGAGCAUGCCCGACGAAUAUGAAAGUGCACAGCUUUCCCUUCUCCUCAUCUGUCAUGCAAAAAAACCACCUUUUUGCUUUUGCCUCUUGGCACUGUUUGCAUGACAGGUUCUGGUACUAGCGGCCCAAACAGCAUUUAGAAUGAUCCUGGACGAAUUUGUGAUGCGAAACCGGCAUAAUUCUUACUAGCGCUUGUAUUGCAGGCCAUGCGGACGGGGCGGGUUCUUGUGCACUCUCAUAACGAGUGCGCAAACCAACUGAAGGACGAGUGUUUCAACGACCACUCGAGCUCUUUCCUUGAGAAAAUGGACCUGGAUAUCCCAGAGAGAAAACAAAAAGCAGGCCGGGCAUAUUAGUUUUUAAUGCAAAAAUCGAUACACGCAAAGUCUCUUCUCAUGGGCGGCCCCAUAGCAUGCUGCUUAAGAUAUGCAAUGCAGUAUUCAUUUUUGCAUUACAAAGAAAUUUGAUCCUGCCUGCUUUUUUCUGUGUGAUACUGGAGAAAUUGAACUUGGCGGCCUAUGAAUUCGCGGGCAGGAUGCAUAAGGUACUUACAGCUUUAUUUGGUGAUGUAGAAAAUUGAAAUUCUGUUUCUGCAUUGCAAAUCUAUCCUAGUAGUUGCAGUACAAAUUUUGUCAAGCGGAAAAGCGGAAUUCAAUGUGUAAUGCUGGUUCAGAUGGGAAACUACUUACUUGCAUAGCUGGAAAUUCUACGCCAGCGUUUGUUUUGCAUUGAUUAGUUGUGCAUGAUAAAAACUCCACGGACGAUGAUCAAUUCUUCGCAGGAAUAAAUCAAAGCUUAUUGUCCUCUCUUUACCUGCUCAGGCCUUUCAAAGCCACAUCACCCACGCGGCGGCCGUCAUUCGGGGAACGAGUUUUAUGUAUGACAGUGCACAACUCCCGCUCUCCCUCAUUUGUCAUGCGAAAUACCCAACUCCACGCUUUCCCUCCUGUCACUAUUAUGCAUGACAAGUUGUGAUAGCCCAAAUAGCACUCUACACUCCAGUGCAAAUUUGUCAUGCAAAACCGGCACUCUUGCUGAUCCUUGGUUGUACUAUUGCCGUUCAUGCAAUACAAAUGGGGGGGGAGGGGGAGUUGUGCACUCUCAUAUUAUGCAGAGCAAGGACAAGAUCGCGGCAAAACUUGGGGUAUGAUCUGCAAAAGUAUGGUACUGCUCGUACUAGCUGUAUUGCAAUACAAAUUAGCUCAGCAUGACACAUGGAAUUUGUCGUGCUGAUUUACUUAGCUUGAGAAAGAAUAAGAAACAGAAACUUGUCUUGUAUGACAACUGCGAUUAGUACGAGUACGCUGCUUUUGCACAGGAUACGGGGAGGCCAGUUCUCUGCUGGAUGGCAACCGCCAACUGCUCCGCGAGCACCGUUAUCAAGUGCAAAUACGUAGUAUGGGUCUGGAACAUCAUGACAACUUGUCAUGCCAAAUCUGAGUCAUGCAAAAUUCUGUGUUGCAUGCUUACAAAAAGCCGUCCAUUUAUGACCAAGUAUGACGAAUUUGCAAUCCAUAACCGCGUCUCGAAGCCGAACGCGAACCAUUUUCCGGGAAAAAUCCUGCCGGCGGUGAAAAAGACCUCCAAAACUUCAUCUUCUUCCACGCAGAACAGCGACGGCAGUAGCAACCUCGCAGACGACGAAAAAUCCGAAUUUUUGCGCGCGCGGCAGCUGGGCAUCAAGUCGAGUAGUUCGAGUCGAGCAUCUUCUACCCGCCAUUCCGCGUGGAUGCUGUUUCUGCAGAAAAUUGCGUUCGGGACGAACAAGUUAACAACCACAGCACGACGAUCGAGAUCGUUGACGAAGUCAACUACAUCCGGAGAUAAUGACAGCAGCAGCAAAGACAAUGACAAUGUUGACAAACCCAUUUACCACCACACUCUCGUGUACUCCAUCCCCACGAACUGCGACAAAUCUUUACCCCCUUCGGCGACGCGGGAGGAGAAGGAACUUUGCUUCAACAAGUUUGUCGAGGAAACUUUGAAGCCGACUUUGGAACAGUAUCCACAAUAAGUUUACCGUACACGUACAAAUGCGGUCUCUGCAUGGCAAAACUUGACUUCGAUCCUAGUUCAGCAUGACAAGUCUCACACUCCAAAUUGGGGAAAUUUGUGAUGAAUCUUGUACAUGUUGUGCGGGAAAUUUGUAUUGCAUAAACAGCAACUACUGUUCACGACGGAUGAAAGUGAAAAGAAACAAAAUGAUUUGGAAAAGAUCUUUCCACCGGAAUUAGCGGGUCGUGACAACACGAAAAACAAAAAGACGACGAACAACCUGUCGCUGAGAGUGUUGAAGCUGGGUGAAACCAUCAUGUUUACUGCGGAAAGGGAGGAGAAGGAAUUGUUCAUGACCGAAGUCGGGAAAAACGACGAAGAGGGAUCAACUUCCAGCAACACGGCAGAUGACCUGGAAAACACGGUUUUGAUGCUCUUCUUCGUCCUCGCGGUGGGAUUCAGUCUGUACUUCCUGCUGAAGAGAAGGUUCGCGAACUUGAUCAGCGGUGGAGAGGGUGCAAGCAAAAACUACAUCUUCGGAGCUUCUUCUUCUUCCUCUUCUUCUGCCGCGGGGUACGGGGUUGAUGACAAAACAUCCUCUGCCGGGGCGGGGAACAAGUCGCCAUCUCUUUCGUCCAAAAGCACGAGCAGUGGCGAGAGUACGGCGCCCAUUGCGAAAUCGAUGGUGACAGGACGAUAUGAACUGCAAAAUCAUCGUACUAGUAGCUGUAAUUGCAAUACAAAUUAGCUCAGCAUGACAAAUUGAAUUUGUCAUGCUGUUUAACCUUGGGAUGGAGAUUUGUAAUGCAGGACUGCGAUUACUACGAGUACGAUACUUUUGCACAGGAUAGACGAAAUGGAGGGACGAAGCGGGAAGUUUUAGCAGGGAAGAAACAUCUCGGCGGCCCGGGGGAUCAAGAAGCGGUAUGGAUUGCAAAAAUGUCUGGGUCUGGAAGAAUGCAGGAGUCUGUCAUGCAGAUUUUGCAUGACCCAUGAGGUCUGUGAUGCAUGCCCUAGCAUCAGAGAUUGUGCGAGGGCUUUCUGAUGCUCAUACCGCAUGAGAAAUGCCCUCUCCGCGUAGCACAAAUUACACCUCUUUUGCUCUUCAUGCAAUACAGUUUUUAUGUAGAUUCCAAAAGUAGCAUCACAAGUUGUAUCCUUCCAGACCCAGACACUUUUACAUUUGAUAAGCGGCAGUGAUUGGAAACACGAAUGUGGUGCAACGCAGUGAGACCCAGCGGAUCGGUGGGGCGGAAAGUAAAAAUCGCCUUUAAGAAGGUAGGAAAAGGAGGGGCGUUGUAAGACGCCGAACCGACGAGCCACGCGUCCAUUGAACCGGGCCACACUUCAAGUAGUAUAAAAAUCUUGUGAUGGUAAAAGCAGAAGGAGUAAGUGGCACAAGCUGUAGAUGAAUUCCGUUGAAGAUGCAAACUCGUGGCGAAGGAGGUCGAGCAGUAUCAAUGUAGAGAAGUUGUAGAUGUAUCAAAUGUAAAAAUGUCUGGGUCUGGAAGAAUGCAACUUGUAAUGCGUAUUUCAGAACACAGAAAAGUCUCUCAUGUAUACGUAGCAAAAGCUCCCACUUUUUGUCAGAAAAAUAGGGGACUUGUCAUGCGGAUUCGGCAUUGCGGAAGGUUCUCGAAACCUGUGAUGAUAGAGCUUCCAUGCCAGACCUUCUGUGUCAUGCAAAAACAGCAUGACCCUUUCAGACCCAGACAUUUUUGCAUUUCAUAAGAUGAAUUCCGUUGAAGAUGCAAACUCGUGGCGAAGGAGGUCGAGCAGGGCCUUCUGAGUAUCUUUUCAUCAAUUUCUGUUUCAGUUUUGACGUCGUGUUUCGACUUAACAAGUUUCGAAGACGUCGUGUUUCGACUUAACAAGUUUCGAAGAAACCGAAUCAUUUUUUGCAGGCAGUUGCUAAAUCCUUAUUAAUUUGAUGCCGUUUGGAGGUCGACCUAUCGCUGUCGAUGUAGUUUUUGUUUCUUUGAACUUACCCGAGGUUUGAUAAAAGGCUAAGGCGUAUUACAGGUACGUAGAACUCAAAGUAGUUCCGGAAAUUUUUUUUUCUCGGCGCGGCUUCGACCUAACCUAUUCGAUUGCGCUACAAAAAUCUCUUGAUUUUCAUCUUGAUUUAAGGGUUUCAUUUCAACAAAAUUGAGAUUCGGAUCAUUUUUCCAACCGUGAUCCUACGAAUGAGCAAUGUAGAUUUGCAUUUGCCACCAAUUUGGUAUGAGCUUGUUGGUUCAUUUGUUUGUACGUAGGUGUCGUAGUUACCAGAUUCUUGUUGAGUGCAGCGGUAUUCGUAUACUUUCAAAAAGGUGUUAGAGGAACAGCAAGCGACACGCAGGUUGCUCGCCUCUCCGGCACAGGUGCGUGCAGUCGUAAGGAAGACUCAUUUCACUGACAGAUGUAGUUGUGCAUGUUGUCCAAGCGGCGGUCCAAAGAACCAGUGCGUGUGCGCAACUACUUCAAGAAGAUAAAAACAAAUGACACGACGCUUGAUGAGUCAGAUUCGGUAGUAGACGUAGUUGCCCAGCAUAGUUCCAGGUCUGAAAUUUGGUGAUUUCCCGGUUCUUCUUCCUGCUUGUUUCUCGGUUAUUUUCUUCUACGUCUUCAACCGGCACUAGUCUUCAACAGGUUAUGUCUUCUAUGUCUU